UAUUCAAGAAAGACGGACAGACGGACAGACAGACCUGGCCCCAGACGUCUGGGCCUCAUGUUGGAACGUUGGAACGUUUCGAUCUCCUACAGCUACCACAAUGCAUUGGGGCAAAGGAUUUUUGGCGCGGUGCGGUUCUCCGCCAUCUUGCAUUUUGAGGCUCUUUCAAAGUUAGCUUGCUAGUUCGCCAGGAGCUGUCUAGAUAGCUACAUUCAAAAGAUAACCAGUGGGUCCAUUCAUAUAUUUUGCAGACUGACAGAUGAGGAACAGUGACGUGUAGUCUUACGCGCCACACAUAUAUUUUGUAGUAAAUAUAGUAACAGCUUUUGGGAGAGUUUCUGCUACUUUUAAGCAGCUUUCAAGCUUCUUGGUGGAGAAGAAAUUUUGAUAUGGCGACUGCAACUCCUAGCCGCGCUGAAUCCAGCCGGUCGGCCGCAACCCCGUUGUCCCCGACUCGGAUUUCGCGCUUGCAAGAGAAGCAAGAGUUGUCCCAUUUAAACGAUAGGCUUGCUGUUUAUAUUGACCGCGUACGUGCAUUGGAGUUGGAGAAUGACCGUCUCCUGGUGAAAGUGUCCGAGAAGGAGGAGGUCACUACACGAGAGGUUACAGGCAUCAAGGCCCUGUAUGAGACGGAGCUUGCGGAUGCCAGGCGUGUCCUGGACGAGACUGCCCGGGAGAGGGCCAGACUCCAGAUUGACCUCGGGAAGGCAACCGCAGAGCUGGAUGAGGUCAAUAGGAACUACAAGAAGAAGGAUGGCGACCUCAUUUUGGCCCAGGCCAGGAUUAAGGAUCUGGAGGCUCAGUUUAACCAGAGCGAGGCAGCCCUCCAAACCGCCCUUACCGCCAACGCCAACCUGUCUGCAGAGCUUGCUGACCUGAAAGCUCAACUUGCCAAGGCUGAGGAUGCCCAUACAGUGGCCAAGAAGCAGUUGGAAGGGGAGACGCUCAUGCGUGUUGACCUGGAGAACCGCUGCCAAAGCCUCACAGAGGAGCUGCAGUUCAGGAAAAGCAUGUUUGAGGAGGAGGUGCGUGAGACCAAGCGUCGUCGUGAGAAGCGCGUGGUUGAGGUGGACAGCGGCGUGCAGCCGGACUACGAGUCCAAGCUGCACCAGGCCCUGCAGGACCUCCGCAGGCAGCACGAGGAGCAGAUGCAGCUCUACAAGGAUGAGCUCGAGAUCACCUUCCAGGCCAAGCUGGACAAUGCAAAGGUGUCUUCUGACCUGAGCGACAAGGCCAUGGGUGCCGCCAGAGAGGAGGCCCAGGAGUCCCGGCUGAGGAUCGAGAGCCUCUCAUACCAGCUGUCUGCCCUCCAGAAACAGGCGGCAGCGGCUGAGGACCGGGUGCGUGAGCUGGAGGGCCUUCUGUCCAGCGAGCGCGACAAGCACCGCCGGAUGCUGGACGCCAAGGAGCGCGAGAUGGCGGAGAUGCGCGAGUGCAUGCAGCAGCAGCUCAACGAGUACCAGGAGCUGCUGGACGUCAAGCUGGCCCUGGACAUGGAGAUCAACGCCUACCGCAAGCUCCUGGAGGGGGAGGAGGACAGGCUGCAGCUCUCUCCUGGCACUGCCGCCAAGUUGACGGUGUCACGCACCACGGGCAGCAGCAGCUCUUCGCGCUCCACGCGGGCCAAGAGGAAACGCGUGGAGGUGGAGGAGGCGGUUGCCGUGGCUGCCAGCGCCCCCAAGAUCCACGUUAGCCAGGAGGCUGAGGCCACCGGCAGCAUCACCAUCGAGGAGAUUGACCUGGAGGGCAAGUCUGUCACCCUCAAGAACAACUCUGAGGAGGACCAGUCCCUUGGAAGCUGGAGGUUGAAGAGACAAAUCGGUGAUGACGAAGAGAUUGCCUACAAAUUCAGCCCCAAGUAUGUGCUCAAGGCCGGCCAAACUGUCACGGUGUGGAGCUCUGAUGCAGGUGUAGCACACGCCCCGCCCAGCAACCUACUGUGGAAGGGACAGAGCUGGGGCACUGGAGACGAGACUCUCACUACCCUAGUCAAUGCAGAUGAAGAGGAAGUUGCAAAGAGGACAGUGUCCCAAUCUACAGAGGACAUGGAGAAUGGAGAUGAUGAGAAUGGAGACUAUGAGGAGGAGGAUGUGUUGUACCAGCAGGGAGCCCCCAAGAGAGGAUCCAGGGAGUGUGCGGUCAUGUAAGGGGUCUGGAGACUUCGGCCCAUUUUUAACCUUCUGCGCAGUCCUUUUUCUCUGUAGAGCCACUAUUUUUGUAUACGUCAGUCCUAGGUUUUUGAUGAUGACUCCCAAAAUACCCAUUUUUUGACUUGAUGUAUUUUUUUGCGAUUUUAAACGGACCUCAUUUCCAGGUUAUCUUGAACAAUUGCAGCCAUUUACAUAGUACAUAUAUAUAUUUAGAGAUAUACCAAGGUGAUGUAAAUGGGGAAAACACCAUCCAUGUACUCGUCAGUACUGUCUUAAAUAGCCUAUUGUUUUAUUAUAGGUUAAGUAUGAACUAUAGGAAUCUGCCACUUCCCAACAGUGAAAAGGCCUUAUCAAGAGUCACUGCUUAGAUCACACAAAAUACGCUACCAAGUCCUACAAGAUCAGUAUUGUCUGACACACUAAGCCUCGGUGAAUGUUUCACCUAUGCAAACACGUCUGCAGUUUUUUAGAGAAAAGGAAUCUGGAUUUCAAUUAUGUAAACUAGCACAGAAAAUCAUGGAACCACCAUGGUUUAAGAUGCUGAAAUUGUUGAUUAUAAUCAAUGGUUAUGCAAAAUUGACAACAUUGUUAGAGGUGUUUUGAGGUCUUGAAUGGCUUGGAGAGCAACGUCAACCUCUUGUUUUCUUAAUCAUGUAUUGUACAGUAGUUUGUAACUGACAGCUGAUGCAUUGCUUUGCUUUGUCUUUCCUUAUUUUUAAAAAUAUAUAUAAAUAUAUAUAUUGGCUUCGCUGAUCAGAUGAACGGGGUGGAAAUGUCAUGAAAUUGGUACUAAAAUAAUGGAUUUGUUGGUCGUGCAUUUCUUCUAAAUGUUAGGAUAUUCGUACAUCCUGCACAGCCUCUAGCCUGCGGGUCAAAAGUUUCUGCCCCCUCUCACAGCAGUAAUGAUGCCUCAUCAGGGGUGUGUUUCUCAAAGCGUAGUUGCUAGCCAGUUAGCAACUUGGGUAGUUGCCAAUGGGAAAUGCAUUGCGAACAACAAAGUAGCUAAUGUAGUUAGCAACUAUGGUUUCGAGAAAUGUACCCCAGUAGUAUAUUUACUGUACUGUUUUAUUUAAAACUAUAGUGCCGUUUUAUUUAUUGAUUAGGGAUUUAUUUGACAGUUACACCAAAGAAAAGUCAGUCAAGAAGUGAAUAAGUAUGUGUAGUAUUGAACUCAAGAUGUUUGUGGUCAGUGAUUUAUCCAAACAAGUUGUUCAAUAUUUGCCUUAAAGUGGAAGCAUUUAAUUUUUAGCAGAAAGUAAAACGUAUGGGAUGACGCAUGUCUGGAAAAGGGUAGGGUUCAAAGGGUUUCGUCGGGCUUUGGUUUUCAUCAUUAUGUGCCCUGUAUGCCCGCUAGCUCUGAUUGUUGCUACAUAUAUUGUACUAAAUGUUAUACAAUCUCAAGUGUUUGGAUUUAAGAAGUGAAAAUGUUCUACACUCCCCAAGGUUAGGAUGAGGGUUUCCACCCAGUUACGAUCUGAUGCUGUCACAUUAUCAGUACAUAGUAAAAACUAAUCAAUUAUGUGUUAUGGAAUUGUUUCUCAGAUUUAAGAAUGCACAACAUGUGUUUUUCAGGAUUGGAAUAUCAAAUUGAAGGGUUUGCAAGCACAAUGCCAUUCUCUCCCUAUGCCUUCAGAGAGUGCAUGCGGUGUUUUUACUUGCACAAACAGAUCUGAGGAAACUUUUUAAAAAGGCAGCUCGAUUUUUAUAAAGGAACUACAUUAUUAGCAAUGACUUAGCGUGUACUGAUUCAUGAUGCUGUGUAACAUGUUAAAUCAUAAUUGAAUUGACAAGGUGCAAGUAAGACACAGUUGCUCAGAGAAUGCUUUGGGGAGUUUGACAUUUGAUUGGAAAGCUGUUGAAUAUAUGAGAUGCAUCUGCCAUGUUUUGUCAUGAGGAUCUGGGAAACAGAAUUUGUCAAUAUAAUGAUUGCAGUGCUUUGCGAUAUUUUUUAUUGGUAUGUUUUUAUCUUAAUUGUUUACAUGUGUUUUUAAUAGAAGUUCUCUAAUGAUGAUAAAGUAAAUGGCUGAAAUAAAAGAUGCCUUUGAUUCAAAAGGCACAAUUUGAAUUUGCCAUAUAUAGCCAGUAUUUGUGUGACACCUUGGUGAAACCAUCACCAAAGUAGGUCUCUAAUACACAGUGGUGAUCUGGGCCAAGCCCAGUUCUCAUAGCAGCAAGUCUUCAUGCACUGUUCUCCACUGACUUUCUUCAGGUUCAAUAAUGUGACCUACAAAUGUGACUCAAAGAUUAGAAAUGAAUACUUUUCAAUGAGGAAGAAUUAUGUUUUUGUUUUCUUUAGCAGAGCCUACAUUGGAGAUUACUUUUCGUCUCUACUACCGAUAGUGGUACCAAGUGCACUCUUGGAAGUGCAAUAAUGUGAUUUCUAGGCAAACUUGUUUUGAGCCGUAUUUAAAUUAUGCAGAUUGAUUGAUAGACAGGGCUUUAUCAUCGUAAGAGAACUUGAAUGGGUCGAAUUUUAGGGAGGGCGCAUGCCAAAAGUGUGUUUCUUGAUUUUGUUGCUUUUCAUUUUAUUUUUUGUAUUUACAAUACAAUAAAUGUUUUUCAUAAUGUUUCCUUGAA